UGGAGGAUGGGCCCAUGUAAAGCUCCCACCUUCUUGGUUACAGGGUCAAAAUGUUUAGUUUACUGUCCUCUCAUGAUCACAUAGGUGAUUAUAGUAAUACUACUUGUGAAAUAACAUAACACUGGAGAGCAGCCACUGUAUGACUCUGGGAGGGGAGGAAAUCCACAGACGCGGGACAAGGACAGUGAUUCCACGCCUUCCUCGUGUCAACAACAGCGUGUGUACUUAUCCACUCCACGCACACUCAAACUGCAACUGACCAGGAUCUUCAAUGGCGACGCGCUCGGCACAGAAGAACUAUGCUCUUCUCAUGCUGCUUUCGAUCCUGUCUGUGUCACUCACCACACAAGAUGACCUUAUAGUCAACACUCGCAAUGGGAAAGUCCAAGGAAAACAGCUUUCUGUUCUCGGUGGUGAAAUCCGAGUCUUCCUUGGAAUUCCAUAUGCAAAACCACCUCUUGGCAAACUGAGAUUCAGAGCUCCGGAGCCUGCAGAAAGAUGGGAGGGGGUGUUAGAUGCCACAAACUAUGCAAAUUCUUGCUACCAGAUUCCAGAUACGGUCUACCCAGGUUUCAGGGGUGCUGAGAUGUGGAACGCAAACACUAAACUGAGUGAGGACUGUCUAUAUCUAAAUGUCUGGACCCCCUUUUCCAAAGCUAGCCAAAGUUCACUGGCUCCUGUACUUGUCUGGAUCUAUGGAGGCGGAUUUAUUUCAGGAACGUCAUCUCUGGACAUUUAUGAUGGCCGAUACCUGAGUAAAGUUGAAGGUGUUAUUGUGGUAUCAAUGAAUUACAGACUUGGUCCUCUUGGUUUCUUGGCUUUGCCUGACAACAACAUCCGGGGCAAUGCAGGCCUCCUGGACCAACGCUUAGCCCUCCAAUGGGUAGCCAAUAAUAUCGUUGCUUUUGGGGGUGAUCCUUCACAGGUCACAAUUUUUGGGGAGAGUGCUGGCUCUGCAUCUGUUGGCUUCCACCUCCUCUCCCCAGGUAGUCAAGACCUCUUUCAAAGGGCUGUCAUGCAGAGUGCUUCCCCAAAUGCACCAUGGGCCUCAGUCAGCAAGACAGUUGCCUAUGAAAGAUCCAUGAUGCUGGCAACAUUAUUGGGGUGUCCCACAUCUUCUCCAGCUCAUCAGGACAUCUGUUUACAGAAGAUUGAUCCUUGGGUGAUAACCUCAAAGCAAUUUGAUGUUCUCACAAAGCCUACAAUAAUGCAGUUCUCCUUUGUCCCCGUUGUGGAUGGGGACUUCCUACCUGAUGAAGUUGAAGUGUUGCUGCAAAGUAAUAUACUUCCAAAGAAAGAUGUGUUGUUUGGAUUAACCAGGAAUGAAGGCACCUACAUUUUAAUCUAUGGGAUGCCAGGAUUUAACAUCACUGGUGAGAGUCUCAUCACCAGGAUGGAGUUCAUGGAAGGAGUGCGGCUGGCAAUGGCGGACGUUGACGCUGUCGGAGAAGAAGGAGCGGUUUUUCACUACACCGAUUGGACGGCUGAGCAUGACAGGAUGAAAAACCGUGACUCCCUGGGGAAUCUGGUUGGAGACCGAUUUUUUGUUUGUCCUUUGUUAGAGUUUGCUCACAUGUACUCACAUCAGGGCGGUAAAAUGUUCCUAUAUUCCUUCGACCACCAGUCUUCCAUAAAUCCUUGGCCAGCAUGGAUGGGUAUUUCACAUGGUUAUGAGAUUGAGUUUGUGUUCGGAAUGCCACUGAAUGUAACCUGGGGAUACACAAACACUGAAGUCAACAUGACCAAGAAAUUUCUGAAACACUGGGCCAACUUUGCAAGGACGGGAAAUCCAGAAAUUGAUGGGGUUGCAUGGCCCUUGUUCACCCCUGAACGCCAAGAGUAUGUCACGCUGAACUCCAACCUUCCAGAAAAAAGAAGAAUGAUGAGAGCCAAAGAGUGUUACUUGUGGAAUAAAUUGAUGCCACGAAUACAGAAGGUUUCAGACGAUCUACAGGCUUGUAUGACUGCAAAUGGCAUAAUGCUCCACUAUAGUUGCACAUUCCUUGUUAUUUCAUUGUUUAUCAUCUUAAUCUGUUUGUAAGUGGAGCAAGAAGCAAAUCUGUCUUCCAAAGAGUUUGACUGUCAAAUGCCCAUAUACCAAAUAGAGGGGAAGUACUUGGUUGUAUUAACCACUCUGUACUAGUUGUGGGCAAGAUGGUAGUCUGCUCCCUGAGCCUUGAGCAAGCAAGCCCACCCCCUCACAACUGACAACCGUACCUUGCCUGAAUGCCCACAUAAUCUAUUUGUGCACGUGUGUGUACUGUGUUCAUGAGUAAUGCUUGCAGCAAAAAAGUCCAGCAGAGUUAAUGGAAUUUCUUUAUGGGAUAUACAGUACGGUCUCCCUCAACCAGUCAAGUUUUACUUUCAUGUUUGGCUGGAGCAAUAUAAUAAUAAUAAAAAAGAUCCAAUCCAAUACAAUACAAUAAAGUACAAUACAAUACAAUGAAAUACAAAAUAAUAUAGUGAGUUGAGUGUAGCAUUUUAAGCUAUUUUAGUCAUUGCAAAGCAAUGAAGUGGCUUUAGAUUUUUUUUGUGCCGGUCCUAGCAUAAUUUUGAUGAUUUGUUAAUCUUAAACGGCACCAAAAUAUCUGCGGCACCUAAGGUCAAAAAGGUAGGGAAACAAUCCUCGUCAGAGUAAUUUUCAAGUGAUCGUCAAACCAUCCAUCCAUCCAUUUUCUACCGCUUAUCCGGGUCGGGUCGCGGGGGCAGUAGCUUUAGCAGGGAUGCCCAGACUUCCCUCUCCCCAGCCACUUCAUCGAGCUCUUCCGGGGGGAUCCCGAGGCGUUCCCAGGCCAGCCGAAGGACAUAGUCUCUCCAGCGUGUCCUGGGUCGUCUCCGGGGUCUCCUCCCGGUGGGUCGUGCCCGGAACACCUCACCAAGGAGGCGGCCGGGAGGCAUCCGAAUCAGAGGCCCCAGCCACCUCAUCUGGCUCCUCUCGAUGUGGAGGAGCAGCGACUCUACUCUGAGAUCCUCCCGGAUGACCGAGCUUCUCACCCUAUCUCUAAGGGAGAGCCCGGACACCCUGCGGAGGAAACUAAUUUCGGCCGCUUGUAUCCGGGAUCUUGUUCUUUUGGUCACGACCCCCAACUCGUGACCAUAGGUGAGGGUAGGAACAUAGAUCGACCAGUAAAUUGAGAGCUUCGCCUUUCGGCUUAGCUCCUUCUUUACCACAACGGACCGAUACAAAGUCCGCAUCACUGCAGACGCUGCACCGAUCCGCCGGUCGAUCUCCUGUUCCAUUCUUCCCUCACUCGUGAACAAGACCCCAAGAUACUUGAACUCCUCCACUUGGGGCAGGAUCUUUUCCGACUGAGGACCAUGGUCUCAGAUGUGGAGGUGCUGAUUCUCAUCCCAGCCGCUUCACACUCGGCUGCGAACUGCUCGUGUGAGAGUUGGAGGUCACGGCUUGAUGAAGCCAACAGAACCACAUCAUCUGCAAAAAGCAGAGAUGCAAUACUGAGGCCACCAAACCGGACCUCCUCUACGCCUCGGCUGCGCCUAGAAAUUCUGUCCAUAAAAGUUAUGAACGGAAUCGGUGACAAAGGGCAGCCUUGGCGGAGUCCAACCCACACCGGGAACGAGUCCGACUUACUGCCGGAUAUGCGGACCAAACUCUGACUCCGGUCGUACAGGGACCAAACAGCCCGUAUCAGGGGGUUCGGUACCCCAUACUCCCGAAGCACCCUCCACAGGACUCCCCGAGGGACACGGUCGAACGCCUUCUCCAAGUCCACAAAACACAUGUAGACUGGUUGGGCGAACUCCCAUGCACCUUCGAGGACCCUGCCGAGGGUGUAGAGUUGGUCCACUGUUCCACGGCCAGGACGAAAACCACACUGCUCCUCCUGAAUCUGAGAUUUGACUUCCCGAUGGACCCUCCUCUCCAGCACCCCUGAAUAGACCUUACCAGGGAGGCUGAGGAGUGUGAUCCCCCUGUAGUUGGAACACACCCUCCGGUCGCCCUUCUUAAAAAGGGGGACCACCACCCCAGUCUGCCAAUCCAGAGGCACUGUCCCCGAUGUCCACGCGAUGUUGCAGAGGCGUGUCAACCAGGACAGCUCCACAACAUCCAGAGCCUUUAGGAACUCCGGGCGAAUCUCAUCCACCCCCGGGGCCCUACCACCGAGGAGCUUUUUAACUACCUCGGUGACCUCAAACCCAGAGAUAGGAGAGCCCACCUCAGAGAACCCAGACUCUGCUUCCUCAUGGCCAGGCGUGUCGGUGGAAUUGAGGAGGUUUUCAAAGUAUUCUCCCCACCGACUCACAAUGUCCCAGUACGAGGUCAGCAGCGCUCCAUCCCCACUAUACACAGUGUUGGUGGUGCACUGCUUUCCUCUCCUGAGACGCCGGAUGGUGGACCAGAAUUUCCUAGAAGCCGUCCGGAAGUCUUUCUCCAUGGCCUCACCGAACUCCUCCCGUACCCGAGUUUUUGCUUCAGCGACCACCAGAGCUGCAUUCCGCUUGGCCAGUCGGUACCCAUCAGCUGCCUCAGGAGUCCCACAGGCCAAAAAGGCCCGAUAGGACUCCUUCUUCAGCUUGACGGUAUCCAUCACCGUUGGUGUCCACCAACGGGUUCGGGGAUUGCCGCCACGACAGGCACUGACCACCUUACGGCCACAGCUCCGGUCGGCCGCCUCAGCAAUGGAGGCGCGGAACAUGGUCCACUCGGACUCGAUGUCCCCCGCCUCCUCCGGAACAUGAGAAAAGUUCUGUCGGAGGUGGGAGUUGAAACUCCUUCUGACAGGGUAUUCUGCCAGACGUUCCCAGCAGACCCUCACAAUACGUUUGGGCCUGCCAGGUCGGACCGACAUCUUUCCCCACAAUUGGAGCCAACUCACCACCAGGUGGUGAUCAGUUGACAGCUGCGCCUCUCUCUUCACCCGAGUGUCCAAGACAUGCAGCCGCAAGUCCGAUGACACGACCACAAAGUCGAUCAUCGAACUGCGACCUUGGGUGUCCUGGUGCCAAGUGCACGUGUGGACACCCUUAUGCUUGAACAUGGUGUUCGUUAUGGACAAUCCGUGACGAGCACAGAAGUCCAAUAACAGAACACUGCUCGGGUUCUGAUCGGGGGGGCCGUUCCUCCCAUUAACGCCCUUCCAGGUCUCACUGUCAUUCCCCACGUGAGCAUUGAAGUCCCCCAGCAGAACGAUGGAGUCCCCAGCAGGAGCGCUCUCCAGCACCCCGUCCAAGGACUCCAAAAAGGGUGGGUACUCUGAACUGCUGUUUGGUGCAUAGGCACAAACAACAGUCAGGACCCGUCCCCCCCACCCGAAGGCGGAGGGAGGCUACCCUCUCGUCCACCGGGUUGAACCCCAACGUACAGGCGCCAAGCCGAGGGGCAAUAAGUAUACCCACACCUGCUCGGCGCCUCUCACCGUGGGCAACUCCAGAGUGGAAGAGAGUCCAACCCCUCUCGAGAGGACUGGUACCAGAGCCCAAGCCAUGUGUGGAGGUGAGUCCGACUAUAUCUAGUCGGAACUUCUCGACCUCACACACCAGCUCGGGCUCCUUCCCUGCCAGAGAGGUGACAUUCCACGUCCCUAGAGCCAGCUUCUGUAGCCGGGGAUCGGAUCACCAAGGUCACGCCUUCGGCCACCCCCCAGCUCACACUGCAUCCGACCCCUAUGGCCCCUCCCACAGGUGGUGAGCCCAUGGGAAGGGGGACCCACGUUACCAUUUCGGGCUUUUUGGGCCUCAUGCGUGCAGGCCCGGCCACCAGACGCCCGCCUUCGAGCCCCACCACCAGGCCUGUCUCCAGUGGGGGCCCCGGUGACCUGCGUCCGGGCAAGGGAAAACGAAGUCCAUUGUUUGUCGUCAUCAUUAGGGGUCUUUGAGCCAUGCUUUGUCUGGUCCCUCACCUAGGACCUGUUUGUCAUGGGUGACCCUGCCAGGGGCAUAAAGCCCCAGACAGCUUAGCUCCUAGGAUCACUGGGACACACAAACCCCUCCACCACGACAAGGUGACAGCUCAAGGAGGGGUGAUCGUCAAACCUUCAGGCAUAAAUGUGCUAUAUGAUUAUAGGUAAAACUUACAAUUUGGAAUGAUACCAAUCCACUGACUUAAUUACAUCGCAGGGAAUACUCACUGUUGACGACAUCAUUUUGAAAGGUUUUUUUUCGAAGUGGGAUGGUGAAUUGAUGCGUUUGCAGUGAACAAUUUCUGUGAGGAUUUGCAUAUUUUUUAGUAUUUCUUUACGACAAUAGCGUCAAUUGUCAUUACAUUUUUUACCUGAUUCAAAUCAAUUGCAUUUAACACACUGACCCUAAUCAAGUGGUCGACAGUGGAUGACUGGUUAGAGCGUCUGCCUCACAGUUCUGAGGACCGGGGUUCAAUCCCCGGCCCCCCCUGUGUGGAGUUUGCAUGUUCUUCCUGUGCGUGCGUGGGUUUUCUCCGGGCACUCCGGUUUCCUCCCACAUCCCAAAAACAUGCAUGCUAGGUUAAUUAAUGUCUCUAAAUUGCCCAUAGGGGUGAAUGUGAGUACGAAUGGUUGUUUGUUUAUGUGUGCCCUGCGAUUGGCUGGCAACCAACUUCAGGGUGUACCCCGCCUCCUGCCCGAUGAUAGCUGGGAUAUGCUCCAGCACUUCUGCGACCCUUGUGAGGAUAAGCGGCUCAGAAAAUGGAUGGAUGGAUAGACCUGAAGGACAUGUUAAGUAUCAGAGUACAAAAUCUGGAUUCUUGCUAUUUCUGCUAUAAACUGCUUUGCCAUUUUAUAUUUAUGAUAUAAAAUCAGAGGUUCUGAAUGCACUGAGGCAAACACUCUGUCUUACUGUUUAUUAAACCAAAGUGUAUUUUCAAUUAUUUGUAACAUUAGGGAAUAUCUGUAUUUUUACUAAUGCAUUUAUGAUUAUGUUGAUUAAUAAAGUAAUGGUAUCAGACAUGAAGACAAGUCUUAAUCCUUAUUAGUUAACAAUAAAAUACAAGUUGAAAAGUACCUAGUCAUUCUCUCUUAAAUGUAUAACUUGUGUUUCUUAAUAAACAGUUUUGUUUUGAUUUCA